AGAUUCAUUCAGUGUGCCCCCUUCCUGCCCCCUUCGCCAUUCGUCAUCACCAGCAGCAUCAUCACUCUCCUUCCACUCCCCUCUCUCUCCCUCCCUCUCUCUCUCUCUCUCUCUCUCUCUCUCUCUCUCUCUCUCUCUCUCUCUCUCUCUCUCUCUCUCUCUCUCUCUCUUCCUCCCUCUCUCUCAAACACACUCACACACACACUGAGAGCCAGAGCGCAAGCGAGAGUUCAUUCUUCAUUUCCUCGCAUCUUCUUCGACUAUUGCAACUCCUCCCGUUUCCCAUCUUCCUCCAUCUUUCUCGCUAAGAUCCAAUUUCUGCCUCUGUUAGUCCUCCCAACCCUUGUCUCUCAUAAGACCUCAAAACCCCAGCUGCAGGUUCUGAAGCGAACAGUGACCGUACUUACUCUUCGCUGAGCACGCACGAAACAUCGACUGCUGGCCAGUGCUCUCCAUCUCCAUCUCUAUCUCCAUCAUCGUCGAGAAUCGCAGUCAAGUGAUCAUUCGAGGUGUAAAGCGACCAUCAAAGGGUCGUUCGUUUGGAGCACAGAGGGAGUGUCCCAAUCCUUCCUUCGCUGCCAGUCCCAGCAUCUCACAAUAGGGCAGGGCAGUCCAGGGCGUCGAGGGAUUCGAGAUUGUGCCCAGCCUCGUCGCAGAGGGAGCACGAACCUGGUUUUCCCUUUUCCUUUUUGCGGUUUAAGAAUUGCUUCGUGAGCCUCUUUAGUCUUUACACCUCGUGAAGCUCUCGAGGCAUUGGCUCCUCCUACGCAGAGUCUGUAGUGUGUGUGUGUGUUGCUCAUCGUCCUGCGUCUUCCUACUUUGCGAGCUGGUCCGCCGAAGAGUGAUAAUUGCCUGCUGUUAAUGGAUUCCUCUGCCGAUUACGCUCGGCGAGUUCGUGCCCGUCCCUCGUCUUCUUCCGCCUCGGACCUCACAGGAGUCACUUCUCCUCAGUACAGACAUCACAGCGGGAGUGUUGGAGUGGACCAGCAGCUCCUGGCUCACACGGGGGGAUACAGCAAUGUGCGCUCGGGAGACAUGGGCCUAAGAUUAGAGCAGCAGCUCGACACGGUUCUGGGUGUUUCUCAGGACGGUCCAAUCUCCCACCUUUCAGCCGAGGCAGCGCAACAUUACAAUCCCGCAGAUCUGGCUGGAUGGAUCGAAUGCAUGAUUUGUGACAUGCAGCCCUCCUCUUCGCAGGCUCAACUGCAUACCUCGCAGCAGCAGCAGCAGCAGCAGCACAGCCCCACUCCGACGCAUUCAUCGUUCGUGUCCAUGGAGUCGAGCUUGGAUUCCAUGGAUUCCCAAGCUCCUCUGCAGCCAGCUCUUCCUUCGGCCGCAGCAGCAGCUGUCAUGCCGGACAUGUACCCAGCGGACGACAUCUCGGAUUCAAUGGCUGGAGCUCUGUGCCCCCAGGAGGACACCGGCGUGGAGGAAUCAGGGGUGCGUCUGGUGCACUUGCUUCUAGCUUGCGCAGAAGCUGUGCAGAGGAGCGAUGUGAGAAUGGCAGAGGACACAGUGAGGCGCAUUCAAAUGCUCGCAACCCCACAGCGAGGCCCCAUGGGCAAAGUUGCAGCUCACUUCGUCGAAGCUCUGGCCAGGCGCAUCUUCGGAAUCAGUGCCGAGCCCACGAGCGAUCCCCUCACCGAGCUGCUGCACUUCCAGUUCUACGAGACUUGUCCCUACCUGAAAUUUGCUCACUUCACGGCCAACCAGGCCAUUCUGGAGGCUGUGCAGAAUCACAAGCGGAUACAUGUCAUCGAUUGCAAUCUGAUGCACGGGCUGCAGUGGCCUGCUCUCAUUCAAGCACUUGCCCUGCGACCAGGGGGUCCCCCAAUUUUGAGGCUGACAGGAAUCGGCCCACCCCAUCAGAGCGGCAACGAUGUGCUGCAGGAGAUUGGAAUGAAGCUGGCGCAGCUGGCCGACUUAGUGAGCGUCCAGUUCGAAUUCCGUGGGGUGUACGCCCAGAAGCUGGACGACGUGAAGCCAUACAUGCUUCACGUGCGACAGGGAGAGGCGGUGGCAGUGAACGCCGUAAUGCAGCUGCACCGCUUGCUGCACAAUGACAACAAUUGUGUGCCGGCGGUUCACGAGGUGCUUCAGUCCAUGCGCAGUCUGAACCCGAAAAUCGUGACGCUGGUCGAGCACGAGGCCAAUCACAACAGCCCCGUCUUCCUCGACAGAUUCAUGGAAGCUCUGCAUUACUACUCCACCAUGUUCGACUCUCUGGAAGCGUGCAGCAGCUCGUCCCAGAGCUCCGAGCAAUUGCUGGCCGAGAUGUACGUGGGCAGGGAGAUCUGCAACAUUGUUGCGUGCGAGGGUUUCGACCGCGUCGAGCGCCAUGAAAACCUGGUGCAGUGGAGGCGGCGCAUGACCGACGCAGGGUUCCAACUCAGGCACCUCGGCUCCAAUGCGUUCAAGCAAGCCAGCAUGCUGCUCACGCUCUUCCCAGGGGACGGGUACAGAGUCGAGGAGAACAAUGGCUGCCUGACGCUGGGAUGGCACAGCCGACCCUUGAUUGCAGCAUCGGCAUGGCAUUGUUCCUGAGGCAGAGGGACGAGCUCCCUCUGAGGGAGCCCAUCCCGAACUACGAAUGAAUCACCGCGUACUGUACAGAUGAACGACAUUGUUGUGACGUUCUUGGGUUAGAAGCUGGUGGAGCAGAGCAUGGAAAGAAAGAAAGCCUUCAACCUUCACGAAGAUUCAGGGGAUGAGAGGACAUCUGCUUCUUCGGCUGAAGAGAGGGAGAGAGAGAGAGAGAGCGAGAGCGAGAGCGAGAGAGCAAGAGAGUGAGAGAGUUCUGUUGAAGGGUCUAUCAUCAGGAAACGGCCAUGUUCGGGAUCGACUGGUGCUAUUCCUGUCAGAGUGAGCAGACCGUUCCCGAUUUUGGCCAUGUACAUGUGACUGAAUGACUCAGUCACUUGUGGAUACAGGGAGAUAAUGGAGCUGCGCAGCUACUGAGGAUUGUCCGGAGUGCAUUGCAGAUAGGCUGUCUGUCAUGCGUCGUUGAAACCUGAAGAAGGUGUGGCCUUCAAGGUUUUGCACCUGCUCGCAUCGAACCUGCUCGAGAAGUAAGGAUCAUCGAGAACAGAGAGACAUUUUGGUCGAUGUUGCAGCUCUGUUGCCUAGAAGAGGAGGCACCAAAGGCGCGAUAAACACAAACCCCAGAUGGGGUCAAGCUGGAGCUGGUGGUGAACACUUGAAGGAAGGAUUUCGGAAUAAGGCUGAAGCUGUGGUUUGUGCAUCGAUCCUCAGCGAGGAAAAGAAAUCGCAACCUACCUGGGUAGUACCCGAGAGUAGCUUCAUCUCCACCAAAGCAGCAGCACAUACUGUACUCUUUUAGAAUAUCUGCCCAAUUAGUUCACAAUCAAAGCAUACAUGUAAAUCUAAUUCGUCAUUUUUGUAGCAAUAUUUACUCAAUUCUGAAUCGAUAGUAUGACAAUGAGAAAAAGGAGCACUACUCUCCAGUGCUACAACAUAGUCCCAAAAUUCUUUGGUGGGGAGAAGUUCAUUGAAGGAUGAACUAUCUACCGUAUGUAUUCUUGGUAACUGUUCUCAUAUCAAAGACGGAUAAUUUCA